AUGGAAACUGUUAUCGAAGCCCGUGAUAUUCCUUUCGCGAAGGAGACAAAACCAGUGGAUACUAUAAAUCCAGUUGCACCGAAACUUAUUGGUAAACCAAAGAUUCAUACCAACCUUUCCAAAACUUCGUCUAAUGGUUCACCGAAUGAAAAACGAUCGGUCGGUUUCAUUAUUCCUGAAGGAUUUGAUAAUUCUCGUGAUGGUUUGGGAUUAGUAGUAACUGACGAUGAUUCUACCGUCGUUUCCACUCCCAUCGAUGAAUUUUUCUUGGAUUCACCAACUUCCUCCUCACUUGAUAUCUCUGUCCGAGAAUUACAUUCAGAUAUUUUGGUUGCUCUUUUUGAUCGUGAGGCUGAAAUUAAAGAUCUUUUCGUCCGUAAUCAAGACUAUUUUGAUUUUGUUAAACAAUCAGCUUUUUCUUCCGAUGAUCGUUGGCAAGAAUUUCUAAACAUUCUAUUCUCACCACGUAAACAAAUCUCUGAUACUGAUUGGAUGGAUACAAUUUCGGAAUUAUUAAGUCCUCCACUUUUGGUUCAAUUCAAAGUGAUUGUUGGAUACUACGAUAAUGAUGAGGAAAAUGAUAAUGUCGACGACGAAAAUGAUUUUGACGAUUCUUCUUCAGUUUACACUUGCGAUAGUCAAUUUGGAAAUUUGGAUAUCGCUUCUAUACGUGAUUAUCCAAAAUCAUUGGAAUAUCUUGAAAUAUCAUAUCCUCAAUUUUUUGCCAAUGCCCGUCAAAUUUUGGGUAAAGAAAAACAGCGUAAAGGUAGCUUUUUAGGUGGAAAUCAUUUGACUGAUGAUAUACCUCUUCAGUCUGAAAAUGAUGUAAUGCCAGAACCAACAAGCUCACUUUAUGUUGAAUUCAAAAAAAUUUUACUUUGUCCAAGAUCUGAAAUGGACGAUGUUGAAUGGGACAUUUCUAUUUAUGAACUUUUGGACCCUUGGCCACAACUUGUUGCUCAGUUUGAAGAUAUUAUUGCUCAUGAAAUUAGUGGGGCAAAUCGCAAGAGUAGUCAAGAAAACAUUGUUCAUCGCGGUGAUCCUGUUAGCCACAUGGAUAAGGGUAGCGUUUCCACAAAAAAUUGUUCACCCUCUGUUUCAAUUGUCACUCUCAAUCCCACUAUUAAUAGCAAAUUAUAUAACAUCAACUGGAAAGAAAUAGGAAAACUUUUGUUGGGUGGCGGGGAUGGAAUUUUUGUUUGGUGGAUAUCUCAAUCUAAUGAACGACGUAUCAAUGAAACUAUGAAAAAUGGUACUCGACCACAGUUGAUAGUGUCAGAUGAUGAGUAUGUUCCUCGACAUAAAGAUAUAGAGCGCCUCAAGGUCAAAAACCAUGCAUAUUAUCAUGUUGUUUGUGGAGAACAUGGUACUGGUAAAACAACAUUGGUUAGGGUAGUGGCAAAUGAAGUUGGAAAAGGUGUUAUAUAUAUUAACUUCCCUGAAAAUUUCAACAAGCUUGGUGAUGAGUUUGGAAAAGCUCUUAAUUUAACAUUCGAAGAAGAUGCUUCACUUACAGUGCAACUGUUACGAAAAUUUUUUGGAUGGAAUAAGGGUGAUGAAUUUAAAAAUUCCUAUUCUAAGUGGGAGAGAGCUAUGGAUGUCAUUAAACAUGCCUCCGAAAAUCCGAAAAUUCUUGAAAUUCUUCAAGAUGGUGCUAAAAUGAAUGCUGAUGACAGAAAGUAUAUUGCUGUGUUUGUCAGCAGUGAAGGAAGCCCCCCUAGAAUAAUGCAAUCACGCAGUGCUUGGUCACGUGUGAAACGACCAAUGGAAAUUGGCGAUCUUACCGAAAAAGAAUCAUUAGAUUACCUAGUCAAUAAGCGUGGAAUCAAGACUGUAAGAGAAGACAUGAUUGAUACUACUGAAGCUAAACGAAUAUAUGAGUUAGUCGGUGGGCGAAUUAUGGAUUUGAAGUCUGUGGCAGACGAAUUUCUUAAAGAAAAUGAUUUUGAAGAUAUUAAAAAGGAACUGUUUAUAAAAGUUGAGAAUAAGUUUAGAAUAGCAAAACUCCUUAAAAAUUAUGAACAUCAUGAAGUAGGAAAGCAUGUUAUCAAAGCUUUAUUAAGUUCUAAAGAACUUAGCCGUAUUGAAUAUGAAAAUUUUUUUAAAAAGCCUGAGGAUGCCGAUAAAGUCUUGGAGUCUAAUGUUUUCGCUUAUCAUCCUGAAAAAAAUACUGUAACCUUUCAAUCUCAAUCGGUAGAAUGCUAUGUUCAGGAAAAUGCUGAUAUAUUCCUUAAACAGUAG